GAGCUGCGACGUGACUGCUCGGCGGUGUGGCUGCUGCAGCCAACGAACCCGGCGGCGGCAAGGGACGCGAGCGGGACCCCGGGCUCCGAGGAACUGCGGCCCGCGCCGCCGCGUCACGCACACUCCGGGCGCCGCGAGACACACAUAACGAUACUAGAUUUGCACUGCAUUUUGGGAUUCAUCUACACUUAAAAUGCCACCUGCAAUUGGAGGACCAGUUGGAUAUACCCCCCCAGAUGGAGGCUGGGGGUGGGCAGUGGUAGUUGGAGCUUUCAUUUCUAUUGGCUUCUCUUAUGCAUUUCCCAAAUCCAUCACUGUCUUCUUUAAAGAAAUUGAAGGUAUAUUCAAUGCUACUACCAGUGAAGUGUCAUGGAUAUCAUCCAUCAUGUUGGCUGUCAUGUAUGCUGGAGGUCCUAUCAGCAGUAUCCUGGUGAAUAAAUAUGGCAGCCGUCCAGUAAUGAUCGCUGGUGGCUGCUUGUCUGGUUGUGGCUUGAUUGCAGCUUCUUUCUGUAACACAGUGCAGGAACUUUAUUUGUGCAUUGGUGUCAUUGGAGGUCUUGGGCUUGCUUUCAACUUGAACCCAGCUCUGACCAUGAUUGGCAAAUAUUUCUACAAGAAGCGACCACUGGCCAAUGGGCUGGCCAUGGCAGGCAGCCCUGUGUUCCUCUCUACCCUGGCUCCACUUAAUCAGGCUUUCUUUGGUAUUUUUGGCUGGAGAGGAAGCUUCCUAAUUCUUGGGGGCCUCCUACUAAACUGUUGUGUAGCUGGAUCCCUGAUGCGUCCAAUAGGGCCUAAGCCAGGCAAGAUAGAAAAACUAAAGUCCAAAGAAUCUCUUCAGGAAGCUAUAAAAUCUGAUGCCAACACAGAUCUCAUUGGAGGAAGCCCCAAAGGAGAAAAGCGAUCAAUCUUACAGACAGUUAAUAAGUUCCUGGACCUGUCCCUGUUUACCCACAGAGGAUUUUUGCUGUACCUGUCUGGAAAUGUCGUCAUGUUUUUUGGACUCUUUACCCCUUUGGUCUUUCUUAGUAAUUAUGGUAAGAGUCAGCAUUACUCCAGUGAGAAGUCAGCCUUCCUCCUUUCCAUUCUGGCUUUUGUCGAUAUGGUAGCCAGACCUUCCAUGGGACUUGCAGCCAACACCAAGUGGAUCAGACCUCGGAUCCAGUACUUCUUUGCUGCUUCUGUGAUUGCAAAUGGAGUGUGUCAUUUGCUAGCACCUUUGUCUACAAGCUACGUCGGGUUCUGUAUCUAUGCAGGAGUCUUUGGAUUUGCCUUUGGUUGGCUCAGCUCCGUGUUAUUUGAAACACUGAUGGACCUCGUUGGUCCCCAGAGGUUCUCCAGUGCUGUGGGCUUGGUGACCAUUGUGGAAUGCUGUCCUGUCCUCCUGGGGCCACCACUUUUAGGCCGCCUCAAUGACAUGUAUGGAGACUAUAAAUACACAUACUGGGCUUGUGGCGUGAUCCUCAUCAUCGCAGGUAUCUAUCUCUUCAUUGGCAUGGGCAUCAAUUAUCGACUUGUGGCCAAAGAACAGAAAGCAGAGGAGAAGCAGAAAAAGGAAGAAGGUAAAGAGGACGAGAUCAGCACAGAUGUUGACGAGAAGCCAAAGGAAGUAACAAAAGCAACACAGUCCCCGCAGCAGAAUAGCUCUGGAGACCCCACAGAGGAGGAGAGUCCCGUCUGAACUGAAGCAUGAAUAGAGCAGUGUGUGACCCAAGACAUCUGAAACCACUCUGCUGGCCUCUAGUCUACCAGUGGUGCUCAAUGCAGACAGUGGACAUUUGUGUGGAAAACCUACCAGGUGUUCAUUGGUGGAAUUUUGUUUUGUUUUGUUUUGUUUUUGUUUUUGUUCACUCCUUACCAAUGCCGGAAUUGAAAUUUACUAUGCUUUAGGUAGGGAGUGGUUGGGAAAGGAUAUGGGAAAGAAGUAGGGAUUUGUUUUUGUUUUGUUUUAAUCUUAGCUUUUAACAGUGUCAUGAAGAUUAUAAUAUGUGCCUUAAGUUUUAGUUUUAGAACUCUUUAGAGAGCCUUAACUUUUAAAAUCAUUCUGCUGAAUUCAUCUAUUUUAAAUGUUUUAAAAGGAAAAAUAACAACUAACUUGCUUGAGGUAACUCUAACCUUAAUCUUGUUUUGUUGUUGUUUGUAAUACUUUGUCAGAAAUUGUUACUGGAACAUUUAUGGAUAGAAAUAUUAGUUAAAAGUUGGAGGUUUAUAAAAUACUGACUAAAGUAUUUUUCUAGCAUCAUAGUUGCCUGUGGCGUAGGUGCCUGCUAGGUAUAUAUUUAUGAAAUUUAAAGCAUGAAAUUCUGGAAGCAUCUUGGCUGUUGUAGCCAUAGUCUGACACCUGCUGGGUACUUCUCAGAUGCUUACUACAAGCCUAGUGCUAGAAUGUUGUCACUAAAUUACUACCUUUGCUCCUGUUCAGACUGAGACAUUAAGUGGUUAGAGGUCAUUGCCAUUUUUGAUAUCUACUGCAAAAAAGUUAGUAUUAAAAUCUACAAAACAUUAUUCAACACAGUCUGAUUUAAUAUAGACAGACAGGUAUUUCAGGCAUCUGCUGAAUUCAGCUUAGUUUUCCAAGACCCUAGUCAUGAUAUAAAACUCUUGUAAUCUUGGAGUAUGUGUGGGUUUUGGGAGGUUUGGUGGUUCUGACUGAGGAUUGAACCCAGGGCCUCAAGCAUGCAAAGCACAUGCUGUACCACUGAGCCACAUCCCACAAGCACCCUGGAGUCCUCCUUAACCCUGAGACCUUUGAUUUUUGAUAGUUCCAUUUAUAUUCUAGUUUAGAGCCGUAUGUGAGAUAGUCAGUAUGGACUAAAUGUGUGUGCUAUUUUUGUUUUUUACAUUGUUUUUCAGUAUUUGCAAAACCAAGAGGGCCAGAGUUUGGCCCCAGGGAAGCCAAUAAAGAUAAAAUAGGGAGGGAGUUUGCUGAGUUCACUUGGUUUCAGUAAGUACCCACCUCCCUGCCACAUACAGCAAGGCUUAAAGAGAAACUUGUAUCAUGCUUUGAAUUAUUGGACAUAGCCUUACCUCUACAAACCUUAGCUUUCAUGACCCUUUUCACUUAUCUAAAAUAUAGAAAAUGGGUUCAGUGUAAGGAAAGGAGGAAGAGUGGGCUGGAUUGGAAUUGUAGUAUUUUUUUUUUUAUCCAAUGUCUUCUAAAUAGAGGCAGAAAAGAUAUAUGACACUGAAUUGUAUUCAAUGCAUUUAAAAUACCAUUGUAAUUGAGAGGGUGAAAAUAUCCAUUUAAAACCUUGUAAGAAGACGACUUUUUCCAAAUAAAACAUUUAUUUUAUUUUUAGAAAA